UGAAAAACACCUUCAUUUGCUGUACUGCCGAAGUAGAAUGAGCAGAGAGAAACAUGGGGAAAACCAUUUUGCUUCUCAUCACUGUGGUCCUUGUAGCUUAUUAUGUUUAUACCCCUCUUCCGGGUGAUAUUGAGGAGCCCUGGAAACUGAUCCUCGAAAUAAAAACAGGAAAGCUAUUCACGAAUUUGGCUUCUAUUGCUGAACUCCUGGGUAUCAAUCAUUACAUGAGCACAAUACAAUUCUUUUUGAGUCUUCAAGAAGUCCCGGCCACUUCUGAUGAAAAUGUCACUGUAAUAGACACAGCUUUCAGCAGUGUUCCUGUUCGCAUAUACAUGCCCAAAAGGAAGUCAGAGACGCUCAGGAGGGGCCUGUUUUAUAUUCACGGUGGUGGCUGGUGUUUGGAGAGUGCAGCUCUUUCUAUGUAUGACCUUCUGGCAAGAAAGACAGCUGAUAGACUCGAUGCUGUUGUCGUGUCAACUGACUAUGGCUUGGCCCCCAAAUAUCAUUUCCCACGUCAGUUUGAAGAUGUAUACAGUGCCUUACGCUGGUUCUUACAGGAAGACAUUCUUAAAAGAUAUGGCGUAGAUCCUCGAAGAGUUGGUGUAGCUGGGGACAGUGCUGGUGGGAACUUGGCUGCAGCUGUGACCCAACAGCUCAUACAGGAUCCAGAUGUCAAGACAAAACUCAAGGUUCAGGCCUUAAUAUAUCCUGCUCUUCAGGCUCUUGAUAUAAAUUUACCAUCGUAUCGAGAAGGCUCGUAUUUCCCAUUUUUAACCCCCUCAGUGAUGGCCAGGUUCUGGAGUGAAUACUUUACUACAGAUCGAACCCUGGAGAAAGCCAUGCUUCUCAACCAACAUGUACCUCUGGAAUCCAGCCAUCUGUUCCAAUUUGUAAACUGGAGUUCCUUACUCCCUGAGAGAUAUAAGAAAGGUCACGUCUACAAGAGUCCCACUCCUGGUAGUUCUGAACUGUCUAAAAAGUACUCAGGGUUCCUAGAUGUGAAGGCUUGCCCUCUGUUGGCCAACGACAACACUUUGAGUCACUUACCUCUGACCUAUAUCAUCACUUGUCAGUAUGAUGUCCUAAGAGAUGAUGGACUCAUGUAUGUCACGCGGCUUCAGAAUGUUGGAGUUCAGGUGACACAUCACCACAUUGAGGAUGGAUUCCAUGCAGCGCUUACCCUUCAUGGUUUUAAAAUUGCACACAAGAUGCAAAAUCAGUACUUGACUUGGCUUAUGAAAAAUCUAUAGCAAAAGCUACUCACUGAUUUGUUGAAGAUACAUAAAUAACAAAAAAGGAAUAAACUAGGAAAAACCAUGA